AUGAUCACAUGGAGUGGCACACAGCCUUCAAGCACUCUAAUUACAUGGAAUGAUGGUUGGGACAUGACGGAACCCCCGACCAACUGUACUAAUACAUUUGGAAGUGGUGGCAAAGCUGCUGUGCAAAGGGUGUCAGGAGAUAGAGUCGCGUUCUAUGGUUGGGGGAUUCUUUCUUCUCGGGAUACUCUCCUGGACGGCACUGGAUCACAUUAUUACAGCAAUUGUUACAUUGAAGGAGCCACUGAUUUCAUAUGUGGAAACGCUGCUUCACUCUUUGAAGUGAGCGCAACAUUUUAUGUACUUCUGCUAUCUUGGAAAAUUAAUACCAGGCCAACUUUUUAUGUUAGAGAAGUAGACAGUUCUAGUGAAUGCCACCAACAAUGCGAAAAUACAUCGCUUCUAUUCAUUGGAAUGAUCAAUGGACAGAUGCAUGGAGCAAAGCAAUUUCGUAAUGGCUGGGCAGAUGGACCUGCUGAUAUAACUAUGAUUUUAAUGCAACAGGGCAAAGAGGAACAUUAUGGGACCCCAAUUCCUUUCCCCGAGACUAAGGAGAAUGGUGAAACAUUGAUGUUGAUAAGAUUGAAAACAAAGGGACAAACUGGGAUUGCCAUCUAGUAGGUCUGACGCACAUACAAUUAACAGGAAGCCAGUGCCACUUUUCCCAUGUUCCGAGAAACGUGAGCAAAUAUUUUGAUCUUAUAGUCCUAAGUUAAGAUCAAUGGAUUAACUUCUAAAAUUCUCACAGAUAUGGGGUAUAUAAAAAAGCCAGUUUUACCAGAACCCAGUCUCGCAAUUUUCUAAACCCUUUACAACAUAACUGGGAAACGUUGAUGCGGUUUACACCAAGUAUAAUUCAAGCAAUACUAAUUGCCCAGGACAGACCCGCAAAUGUUCUUGUUCAAGCAACAUAAUCACCAAACUGAUAUUUCAUGUCUGCUAGGCCUUUCAUGGAUGCACCACUUACCACAGACAGCAGCGCUGCCACUGCUAUACUGCAUAAGGGCAUCCCAAACAGAGAACCCCCUCUCCUUCCUCAACUACUGCACCUAAUGACACUGCUUUUGGGCUGAACUACAACGCCAAGAAUAAAAG